UCAGGCACGGCGUGCUGGGCGCGGGGCGCUCGGUUCUCGUGUUUCUCUCUCGGUCCUGGCCCCGUGGGCACGAGAAGAGGCUGUGCACCCCGAGACACCGUUGUCCGGCUCGCCGGUGGGGUGCAGCAGCCGACUGUCCCGGCUCCCGGCGAUGGCCUCGGGCCGCCACCUCACAAAGCCGCCCCGCGGACCCCAAGACGUCCCUCCCUAGCGGUGCGCGGCUCCUCCUCACCUCCAUCCUGGCCCGUGGGAUGGGGGGCAGCGGAUCGGCCCUGAGGGUCUGCGAUGACCACCGCGGGGGCAUCAACUGGCUGAGCCUGAGCCCCGACGGGCAGCGCCUGCUGACGGGCAGUGAGGACGGCACGGCCCGACUCUGGAGCACCGCGGACGGCCAGUGUUGUGCGCUCCUGCAAGGGCAUGAAAGCUACGUGACCUUCUGCCAGCUGGAGGACGAAGCUGCCUUCACAUGCAGUGCCGACUGCACCAUCAGGAGGUGGGACGUGCUGACCGGGCAGUGUCUGCAGGUGUACCGAGGACACACGUCCAUUGUGAACAGGAUCCUGGUUGCCAACAACCAGCUCUUCAGCAGCUCCUAUGACCGGACGGCUCGUGUCUGGAGCGUGGAGAAGGAGCAGAUGUCCCGGGAGUUCCGGGGCCACCGUAACUGCGUGCUAACUCUAGCCUACUCUGCGCCCUGGGAUCUCCCUGGUGCUCCCUGCUCAGAGGAGGCUGUGGCUGGGGGCCUUCUGGUGACGGGCAGCACAGAUGGCACGGCCAAGGUGUGGCAGGUGGCCAGUGGCUGCUGCCAUCAGACGCUGCGGGGCCAUACAGGUGCAGUGCUGUGCCUUGUGUUGGACACGCCCAGCCGUACAGCCUUCACAGGCAGCACUGAUGCCACCGUCCGCACCUGGGACAUCCUGAGUGGGGAGCAGCUUCGGGUGUUUCGGGAGCACCAGGGCUCCAUCAUCUGUCUGGAGCUCGUGAACCGGCUCAUUUACUCGGGCAGCGCGGACAGGACUGUCAAGUGCUGGCUGGCAGAUACAGGGGAGCACGUGUGCACAUUCGCGGCCCACAGACACAGUGUGAGCACCCUCAAGUACCAUGCGGGCACCUUGUUCACGGGCAGCGGGGACGCCUGCGCCCGCGCCUUCGACGCGCAGUCGGGACAGCUGCAGAGGGUGUUCCGGGGCCACGCCUUCGUCAUCAAUUGCCUGCAGGUGCACGGCCAGGUGCUCUACACGGCCUCGCAUGACGGCGCGCUGCGCCUCUGGGACGUGCGCGGCCUACCGACCCCGCGCCCCGCGCUGCCCAAGCGCGGCCUCCCGCGCCUCUUCAGCAACAAGGUGGGCUGCGCCGCCGCCGCGCCCCUGCCGCCGGCCUGAGCCCGGCCCGCCGCCUUCCACCGACUGAGACGGCGACAGCAGCCAGCCCGUCGGCCCCCUACCUCCGAGGCAGGAGCCGGCUUUCCUUGCCCCCAGGCGUUUAGGGACUUUCAAACCCUCUCCUGAGAGUUCUUGCCCUCGGGCACCUUCCCGUCCUCUCUUAGCCAAAUGGCACCUGGUCCUCUCCGCCGCCGGAGGAGGGAGGAGGGAGGCUACGGCGCCUUGUCACCCUGUGAUCUUGGGACUCCCCAACUCUCAAGGUCUCAGGGCUGACAGCCCAAGCUGUCCAAGCCUCAUAGUUUAGACCUUUGCUGCUGAGAAGAAAUGAGGACUUUUUACAAAAGCCACGGUCACAACGACCCUCACAAAGAACUGAAAUACACAUCCUUAAAAGUGUUCUGGACUUUGUCCUGUUUUGUUUUGCAAACUUGGUCUCAGCUUCCUUUCUAGGGGUCCGGGAGCCUGGGUGGCUGGACACCACUGCCACCUCUCCUGUGGGUGAGAUACAGGCCUGCCACCUGUGUCAUUCAUGUGGGGAGUGACUCGGGUGAUGGAUGGGACCCCUGUCUUAGAGCAGGCCUCUUCUUCAGGGUCUGGAGCACAAGGGCUGGCAGCAGCCCCCUGACCUUAGGCACAGGAGCUAGCUCUGUGCCAGCAUGCCACCAGGCAUGCACCAGGGCUGCUGAGCACCCCAGCAGGGAGCCCUGUGCUUAGGUGCUUAAGUGGGGAGCAGGGUUCAGGGCAGGAGGGAUCCUGGGGAGCCUCCCCAGCACCCACGGCAGCAUCUGAAGGGGACACUCUUCAAGUCCUUGGUUGCUGCUUUCUGCAUCCAGGGUGGCCUGUGCUGGGCUGGGCCCUGGUGCAGGAAGAGAAGCCCCAGAGAACACUGCGGCUGAGAGCUCAGCCUCUGGCCACAGGAACAGCUCCUGGGCAGAAGCAGCCCUCUGCACUUUGUCACCUUGCUAUAGAAGAUGUUUUAUCAGCUAGGGCUGCUGCCUGGCAGGGCCCAGCUGCUCUUCAGGGUGCCCAGGCCUGACAGUGAUCUACUCCUCCAGCCAAUGCACAGGUGCAGGGUGCACCUUGCUUCCUGGGCAGCAGUGAGGGUUGUGCACGUUUGAUUCUGCUCUAGGCCAAACCUCUAAACCCUGGGACCCAAGUGCUCCCCCUGCCCCCGAAAACAGGCUUUUCAUAGGGCUGGGUGGGACUUAAGCACACACACAGACCUGUGGGGUGGCCCGGUCCUGCUGCGUCUGCGGGGACGGGUAUGCCCAACAACAAACCGAAGUGACACUCAAGAAGUACUGGCUGAGAGAACCACCCUGAGCGCUGCCUGUGAGCCCUGCUGAAGGGGGCACGUUCUGGGCCUAUCCAGGUAUUGACACCCUCAGACCCUCCUGGGCCCACAGCUGGUGCUCACUGAUGCUAAUGGGCAAGCUGCUUUCUCACCUCAGCAACUCCUAGGCCCCCACUUACCCGGCUGCAGCAGAGACUAGAACGCACGCCCAGCUACUGCAUUUCUCUGCUGUGUGUAUUCAGCAUAACACUUUGGGUGAUUUUAUUUCCACAGCACAGAGACUUGACUUUAUGUUGAGGGCAUACAGAUGAGCAGAUGUUUGUUAUCUCCUUGGUGCCCAUGAGCCUGAGAGAUGUGGUAAGUGCAGUAUUCAGAUCCCCUGCACCCAGACUCUGUCCCUUCCAGCCACACCACAAUCGCCUCACUAUAAAGGAAGAAACCAGGUGUCUGUCUUUGAUAAAUCUCUUCAGCUAGGGGACAGAGGACCAGAACUAUCCUUUGGAAGAAAAUGAGGACAGGGCAUAGCAGUGUCACCAGAGCUCCAAGCAGACAGUUCCAUAAGCAAAGGGAUCAACAUUGAGGACAGCUGACUGCACCCCACACAGCAUGGUGUAGCCCUCACCUACCCUCCUGGGUGCCCACUCCUGCCCCCAGGCCUCCAUUGGCAAUAAGCUUGCCUUCCAGGAUGGACUCAGCAACCAUCCGUCCUCAUCCAUCUCGCCCCCACCUCUGGUGGGUCCAGAACCACCCUGAGACCUUGUGAAUAUGUCGCACUCAGCCUGUCCUAACCCCACUCAGUACUUUGUUUUGAUCCCAGAUCCAGAGUGUUUUCCUUUCUCCUGUGACUCUACGAUGGCCUCUGUCUCUCCAGCCUAGCAUGCUCCCUCCCACUCCGCCACUGCCCAUCCUGUUUCAUAAGACCUAAGGC